AUGGAAGUCGCAGCAGCAGGAGCACGCGAGUGUACGUCGACGGUCGCAGCAGCAGCAGCAGGACCAUGUUCACCAUCGCCUUUAGCACUGACUAUCGGACGUCAGCGGAGCAGCAGUUUGGACAACCACCAGCGCUCGUGGCGUCCAGACAGCGGCUUUGCCUGCAAGUACCAGGCCGAGCUCGAGACCAAGCGCUUAUAUCGCGAACGGCAGAUGCAGCAGGUCCAAGAGAAGAAGAAGAAGCAACACCAGCAACGGGAAGCUGAGCUGGAUCGAGACGGACCAGCACGUAAUGGUCGCGGAAUCGUGGAGGGCGACGAGUGGAAGACGGUGGUGUCCCAUGGUCGACGAGCACGGGGAACCGAGCGCCGGACAACGUCCGAGUCCUCCAAUGUCUUUUUAUCGCUGACUCGUGAUGAUCCGCCAGUACUUGGAAGUAGCUGGUCAUUGGAUCAUGGUUCAGUGCGUGCUGUAGCAGGGACACCUGGACGGUCGUUCAGUCAAGACGAACUGGAGGCGGCUGAUGUCAUGAGGCGGAAGCGGAGGCAGCAGAUGAAGAGACGACCGAAAACACCAUCACAACGACUGCAAGCAGAUAUCGAGCCCGUCGACGGAGUGCCACAUCCGUCGCUUCUGGGGAAAGUCAUGUUUGCACGGCGCAGCAGCUUGCAGCGACUGGCGGACAAAAUGUCCGUCGACAAUACUGCGAUUGUGGUGCAGUACGGAAGUCGAUCGAGCGUCAAUGUCGAGCGCCAGAGCUCUUGUAGUCGAAGAGCUCAUCAUUUGCCGAACGGAAGUACGAGGAAGAAAGCAAGCGUAGUGUCGACAUCAGCGCAUCAUCAAAGCUGUGGCAAAACAUUUCAUCACCACGAUCACAACGAAAGUGUCGACUCGAGUGAGCGUGACGUCGGACAGUGCGCAGGCAAUCGACCGCUCGGAAGGCCUUUCUCCAAGUCCGACUCGCCGCGGUCGCCUCGCUCGGGAUCGGAUUCACACGGAUCGCCGCGUUCGAGGAAAUGUGGGGACAAACGUGAUUUUUUCUUCCGCAAUUUGAAUUAUGAAGUCCGGAGCCAAUUGCUAGUCGACGAGGUAGCGGAGUUCAGUGUGACAGAUUUUGACAUGGCGACCAAGAUUUCUCAAGCUGUGCUGGAUCUUUUUGCACCACCAAAAGACGACAUCACGCCCGAGAGCAGUGAUGCGGACCACGAAGAGAGCACUUUGACUGCACCAGCGCGCACGAAAUAUCCGCUUGUGGUGACAGACGGCACCGCGUGCAUUGGAGGCAACGUGCUCUCGUUCUGCGACUUUUUCGCGCACGUCAACGCCGUGGAGAAUGAUUUGACGCGUGUGCAGAUGUUGCGGCACAAUCUGCAGGUCCUCAAUAAGACGAAUGCCACGUGCAUGCACGCAAACUACCUCGAUGUGAUGUUGGAGCUGCAGCAGGACGUCGUGUUUCUGGAUCCGCCGUGGGGUGGACCAGAGUACAAGGAUCUUGACGAGGUGGACCUUUUCCUUGGCGGGUUACCACUGCACGAAAUUUGCGCGCAGUUGCAAGCGAGCACCAAGUGCGUCGUGUUGAAAGUCCCGAGCAAUUUUAACGAUGCAAAGUUUACGCAACACGUUCCAGGCACUGUCGUGAUCCGCCGUGAUUUAAAAAAGAUGCAUCUCGUGCUAUUGGACUUUCGGUAG